GCAGCACCAAGUCGAAUAUUGUUGUUUUACAAGUUGAAAUACAAGUUUACAAGUCAGACAGCAGAGAAGAUUUUUUGACUUUUUUUAGUUGUUGCCAUAGAGGAUUGAUUUUGCUUGGACGAAAAGCUCAAGAAUGAUAAUAUUCUCCGCGGGCGGGCGUGUUACGGAAUUACAGCUUAAUUAACGAAGAUUCUCUGGUGUGAAAUAUAGUGUGAUUUGCAAAGAAGCCCAGUGAUAGUCCUCGGUAAAACCGAACCUGCCUCUCCCUGGUCAGGACAAACCAAAACCAAAACUAACUGGUAAACUUGGUUGGUGGUUGCGUUUGCGACUGUGUUGGUAAAGCCCUGCUGCUGCUGCUGCGUGGAGACAGCACAAGGCGUAAAACCUUAAAACCCACCAUCGUCGGAGUGAAGUGAAGUGAGCUCGAGACAGACGUAGACGAAAAUAUACACAUCCGGUCCGCUACGUCGCUCUGCAUCACCGUAGGUCGGAAAUGUAAAGUUUCGCGAAAAGGGCCCCAACUGAAAACGGUAGAGGAACCUUUUACCCUGGCUCACCUUGCUGGCACCUAGAGCGUACUUGGACAGAGUGUUCUUUUAAUUUUAUCAGUCGGUUUGAUUAGUAAGUGGCAGAGAUAAGAUUUUUUUCGCGUGUGCACUUUUUCGCUUUCUAGAUGAAGGUGUAAAUUGGCCGUGUCUACUGGCUGUGGGCUCUGAGCAACAGUCACUUUGCCUUGCACAUUAUUUUGUUGUUCGCACAAACAUUAGCAAAUGUCAACGUCGUUUGACGGUGGAGCUUAGAAGAAGCAAAGCAAAGUAACAGAAGAAAAAACACAAAUACUGUGCUUGUGUACAUAAAGCGAAGGCAGUGAGGCUGUGAAUAAAACUGGAAAAAAAGAUUCGCUUGUGUGAGUGUUGCAAGAAAUAAGUGGCAACAGCAGCGCUUUUCGAGCCCACCGCACCGCGCACCGUUCGAUUCGAACCUUCGGGAGUGAUCUUUAAAAAGCCCGUUUCGAAAGUACGAACCUUGCCAAGUUUUUGCGCGAUUAGUAAACAUUAGCCGCCGCAGUAGUUAGCAACAGUCGUUUGAGGGGACCCCCUUUUUCUGUGUCAACCGAAGGGUUUGAUCGAUUUUCCGAUCUUUCGAAAGAGGAAGAGUGGAGGAAAGAGCAGUUUUUCUUUUCGGGUCGAGCACAGAUCGUUUGUUAAAUGUUUGCACUGUCGAGUGUAUGCUUGUUUACAUUAAAUUUUAAGCUCGCCUUGAGAAUUGAAACAAGUCUUGCACAUUCUGCAGAAUUCGUGUAAAGUGUGGGAUUGCCGCCGGAAGAAUCCCAUAUCAUUUCGAGUAUUCGUUCAAGUGCUAGAAGUUAGACCACUCACUGCUGCGGGAGUAAAGAAAAAAAAAGCGAAAGUUUUUGCUUCUUCCGUUGUUCGGAAGACGACAAAGUGUAGAAGGAGGAAAAAGAAAACCUACCGACCGACGCGUGCGUGUGUGUUGAAGAUUGAGUAACGAUCGCCAAGAGUCAAACGAUCGAGUGCAAAGUGUAAACAAGAAACCGUGUGACAGUUAUCGAGAAGAAGACGACGACAACGAAAAUGUUACUGCCGGAAGGGUUCCGACAUGUCGGCGACGGCCGACUGGACGUGGACGACGCCCGACUGCAGCAGCUGCGGGUCCAGCAGGAUCUGGCCGAGAUCUACGAUAUCGAGGAGAGCUGGUUUGCAAAGGGAAAAUACGGUAUCGUUAAGCGAGCGGUCGACAAGAAGACCGGCAUUAACUAUGCAGCAAAAUUCCUGCGCCGGCGGCGCCGUGGCCAGUGCUGCGCCAAAGAGAUCAACCACGAAAUAGCGGUGCUGAUGCUGUGCGCCAACUCACAACACAUCGUUCGGCUGCACGCCGUACACGAGACCCGCUCGGACACGGCACUGAUUCUUGAACUGGCUACCGGGGGCGAACUGCAGACUUUAAUCGACAGCAAAGGACAGCUUUCGGAAGCGAAAACACGAACCUGUAUGCGAGAGAUCCUGCGAGCCCUGAAUCAUCUGCACAAGCAGUCCAUCGCACAUCUGGACCUGAAGCCGCAGAAUAUCCUGCUCAGUGGGGAGGAUGUGGAAGCUGGACUCAAACUGUGCGACUUCGGUAUCGCACGUAUCGUCGGCGAUACGGGCAAGAUAUACGAGAUCCUGGGCACACCGGACUACGUGGCCCCGGAGGUACUGCACUACGAGCCCCUGUCGCUGCAGACCGACAUCUGGUCGAUCGGGGUGCUGACGUACGUGCUGCUGACCGGCUGUUCGCCGUUCGGCGGCGACAACAAGCAGGAAACGUUCCUCAACAUAACCAAAUGUUUGCUCACCUUCCCGGAGGAUCUGUUCGAGGAAGUGUCGCAGGAUGCGAUCGAUUUUAUCAAGUGUGCGCUUCGAAUCAAGCCGAAGGAGCGCCCCACCGUGCAGGAAUGCCUUGAGCACCGGUGGCUCAAGGAGGACAGUAUAUGCGAGACCAGCGAAGCUUUGGCCGCAUCCGUUAUGCUACAAUCGAACUCAUCGAUCUCCCGCGCCUCGAUUGUCUCCAUCGUUGAAGAGGCAAUAUUACCUGAGGAACAGCAGCUUGUAGAAGUAGUUUUCAUCAACGGUCACAGUCACAGUAAUGGUUUAGAAGUGCCAGAAGAGCCGGAAGUUAGGUCUGAACAGCAGCCAGCUGCGAGAGAGGAAGAGGACGAUGAAGCCGAAACCAACAAGGAAAACGUUUUAGUGCAAAGCCCUGUCCAGCCACAGACCGCCGUGGUCGAAAUAGUCAGUGUAUCUUUGUUCCCAGACGCUCCCACCACCCCCAAAGUCAGUCGAAAGGCGCCACCUUCCGAGCAGCAGCAGAAUGGACAACUUAUCCACCACAAUGGCCAUCACCAUCACCACCAUCAUCACCUACAGCAUCAUAAUAUCCACCAUCACGCAAAUAGUAACAGUAAUAACAACAAUAACAACGUGGUCAGCAGCAAACAAAUAGCAAACGGUCACACGACUUCAAACACCACCCAAACUUCGAUGACGACGACGACGACGGCGAGUUCCCCCUCAGUCAAAGCCUACGUACAAAAGUUCCAGCAACAACACCAGCAGCAUCAGCAUCAGCAGCAGCAGCAACAGCAGGAAUCGACGACGGCCGUGAUGCUACCGAUGGAGAACGGUUUCUGUGCGGCCGCGGCCGCCACCCUGUGCUGUCUCAAGUGCAGCGAGGAAACGGGCACCGGUGCGGCAGCCGCUGGGCUGGCCGUAGCCGUUGCCACGGUAGCCACCCGGAAGACACUGCAGUGCGGCGACAAGGGCAUCAUCUGCUGAGAACCGGCUCCCGGUGGGAGACCGCUCGCUGGAAAAAGCUAGUAGUAACCGUAGUGGUAGUUGGUAGGUAGUCGUAGUAGUAGUAGUAGCAGCAGUUGCGCUUACAGAAAGAGGGUGUCCCCAAACGGAAAUCGAGAGAAGAAUCGGACGCUUGAUGCGUUCCGUCGUACUUAAAGUUACAAAAACUCAUUACAUAACAAAAAAAAAAACAGAAACAAAAACACCACUUACCUACUACUAAUCCUGUCUCGUAACCAGAGGGAGAGAGAGCAGGCAAGAAAAUAAUUCAAUGCAUUAGUUCGAUUAGUGUCCAACACAAAUGAAAUAUUUAACAUAAACCUACACAUACACAAACACAAACACACAGAGUUGCAUAUUACCUAGCAUAAAAGUUAGGCGAACGUAGAGAAGGAUGGAUGCUUGCCAGGCUGGCGUGCAGAGCGCCGCCAGCGCCAGGCGCUCGAUUCCGGUAGUCGUUCGAAUGCAAUUUGUAAAUAUGUAUUACAGAGCAAAAGUAGGAAAGCGUUCGUGAAGAAAAAAAAAAGCUUUUGUUUUUUUAGCAGCAACGUAAGAAACAAACUAGCCCAUAACUAUUAUUAAUAUCGUAUAUUUGUUCUAGGUAUUUCUUAUUAUAAUGUAAUAUUAUCGAAUCCGAUGCUCUGCGUGCUGGAUUCGAGUGAACAGCAAAGUUAAUAAGAAUUAGAAAUCAUACAUACAACAGUAACCGAGAGAAUUGGAAAUCUCUAUUCUGAGAUAUAGAAGAGAAGAAAAGCGACGGAGUGAGGAAACCCUGGGAACCGCGUUCGAGCAUUCGUUAAACACCGCAUUGAGAUUAUCCUGACUGUAAUCAGUGAAUUUGGUUUUUGUUUGCUUCCUUUUUGUUCGGAUGUCGAGUGCUUUUUCUGGAUCUAAUCGAUCGGGUAAAAGGCACUAUUUGACGGGAAAUUGUCUUAAGCAAGAUGCUUAAUAUAUGCUUUGAUCAGAAAAGAAGCUUUGCAAUUGCAAUUUCUAGGAUAAUAUUUAAUUAGACUUUAUGAAUGAACAUUCACUGUUGCUAGAAGUCAAAGUAGGCGUCUCUUUGCAUUUGCUUUAUCUCGUUAGUCACAUAACCUAGUUUUUUACUGUUCAUUGAAUUUCGAGAUUUGAUUGAAUAAUUGAAACUAGGAGGUAAAUUGUAUUGCCAAAUCUAACUUAAAAGUUUAGUCAAAAGUACGAACCUAGAAAAUGCUUUCACAACCGAGUAGAAUGGAAAAAGUAAAAACAAGUUUAAUUCUUAUCUGGAACAACAAACACCAUUCGGCGGUGCAGUUUUGCCAUCAAUUGCAAUUUAGAGCAGGUCGGAUAUCAGGAUUCGGGAUAUCCAAUAGACUGUUUUAAAAGUUGCAAUUUGUCAAGAAAUUUGGAGGAUUAUGUUCUAAACUAAACGGUAGCUGAAAGUUUGUAAGAAACGAGUUAUUCAAUUUAGGAAAUGUUAUUUAGGGGUUGCUUCUUUGUGUUUUUUUGCUACAAAAAAACUUCAAAUUUUGGUAAAAUCUUUCACAUUUUUUAAGACCGACUGCUCAUAAAGUGUUCUAAUUUCAUUCACUCAGAGGUUUACUCUCCCUGUACUGAUUGUAAUGGACAACCUGAGCUUCGUUCUUUGGGACAGAAUUUUCGAUAAUGUAAGACAUUGACUUGCAAACCUGCGAAUGAUAAAACAAUAAUCAAACAAUUUGCUGCUUCUUCAGCGCUUUCGUGCGGCCUCAGUAAUCAGCUGCUUCUCCAUUUUAAUCACGAAAUUAUUGCGGUAGAUCCUCCGUUUAAACCGACAGACCUGAUGGUUUCUGUCUUCAAAACUAGUGCACACUUUAUAGUGCUAUUUUUCCGUCAUUUUUCUUUACUUUUUCGAUCGUUUUGUGCCCAUUUUUAGGUUAUUUAAAGUUUUUUUUAAGCAUUCCAGUUCAUUUAGUGAAUAAAACUGGAAUGUGUGUGCUACCUACCAGAUCUCCUGGUAGCCUUCAAGAGAUAAUCGCAUUUCGAUCUACUUUAACAAUUGUACAUGCUUUAAGCAGUUUUUUUGGGCCUAAGUAGUAUAUUUUUUUACCAGAGAGAAAGAGAGAAAAGAAACGGAGCCGGUUACAGAGGUACAACUGAGCAAACAUCACUCUUAAAGGACAAAAAAUCGUCAACAACGCUUUUGAAAGCCAGAAAACGGCGAACAAAAACUUCCAGAGGCUAGAAAAUGUCUAAAACACUUUUGAAGGGUAGAAAGUGGCCAAAAGGUUCUUUAGACCAAAAAAUAAUCACAAAACGCAUAUCAAAACUGCCAAAGAACCGCAAACGCUUCAAAACUACUUAAAAUAUGCUUUCGAAAGUUUAAAAAUUAUCUAAAACCGCUUCUAAAAGCCAGCAAGUGGCUAAAACGCGCAAUAAAAGUCCGAAAAAUGGUCAAGGAACGUUUCUAACGACCAUAAGAUGACCAACAGCGUUUCUAAAGGUCAGAAAAUGACCGAAGGACGCUUGUAGAGGUCAAAAAUUACUUUAAAAAUACUUCUAAAAGCCAUUAAACGCCCAAAAAGCGCUUCUAACGGUUAAAAAUGGUGAACAGUACUUUGGAGGCUGGAAAAGGCUCAAAAUGGGUUUUUUAAGGCAAACCAGCAGUUGAAAAAUGUUUAUUAAAGCCAGACAAAACGUCUCUGAAGGCCAAAAAAUGCGCGAAAUGCUCAAAAUUCAAAAAAAAAAAUGCUGGCCAAAAAGUGACAAAGAAAUGCGACUGAAAGUUAAAAAACGCUGCUAAAAUUAAAAAAAAAAUACUUCUAAAGGCCAGAAAAUGGUUAAAAACGCUUCCAAAGGCUAGAAGGUGGUUGAAAGGUGCUUCAAAAUAUUAAAAAAUGAUCGAGAAAUGCUUAUCUUAGCCGGCAAAUGGCAGAAAAACGCUUUAGAAAACAUUCGCGACACGCUUGCAAAAGCCAGAAAACGGUCAUAAAUCGCUUCUGAAGUCCAGCAAUAACCAAAAGGCACUUUAAGAGUCCAAAAAAUGCUCCAAAUGACCAUAAGAAAAUAACCGAAAUAUGCUUCUAGAGGUCAGAAAUUGCUCCAAAAACACUUCUGAAAGCCAGAAAAUGGCCAACAAUUGCUUCAUAAGGCCAAAAAUAGUGAAACACGCUUCUGAAGGCUAGAAAAUAACCAAAGGGCGUUUUUGAAGGCAAAAAAGUGAUUGAAAAACAGUUUUUAAAGCCAGAAAAAAUGCCUUUAAAGGCAAGAAAAUGCACGAAACGUUUGAAAGUCAGAAAAUUGCUGGCUAAAAAGCGUCCAAGAAACGCAUCUGAAAGUUAGAAAAUGACCAAAAACGUUUUCGAAAACUAGAAAUUUUCCGAAUUGCUUUUUAAAGCCAGCAAAUGACUGAAAAACGCUUCCGGUAGCUAGAAAAUGUCCGAAAAUGCUUCAAAAAAGCAGGAAAAUGGCCGUAAAGCGUUUUCAUUGGGUUAGAAAAUGGCCGAAAACUGCUUCAGGAAAUCAUAACAUAACCAAAAAUCGUUUCUGUAGGUAAGAAAACAAUUAAAAAGAAUUUCUGAAGUUCGGAAACUUUCCGAAAAGUUUUUUCAAAUGGCUAAAAAAUAGCCGAAAAACGCUGCUAAAGGCCAAGGUACGGUCUAAAACGCUGCUGAAAACUAGAAAAUAUCUGGAAAUGAAAUAAAAAGAUCCAAUUUAAUUCUACAAUGUAUAUUUUAUUUUUGACAGAUACAUAUUUCGCGUAUUUCCAACUGAGGAAGCCUGCAAGUCGUAGGCGAAAUACGUAUCCUGUCAAGUUUUUUUAUUUAAUUUCCAGGUUUCGUAUUCUACUAAGACGCUCCAAAAACUUCAGUCGACUAGAAAAUAACCGAAAAGCAAUUCUGAAAGCCAAAAACAAGGUCGUGAAAUGCCUAUGAAGAUCAGAAAAUUGCAAAAAAAAAAACGCUUGUAGAUGCCAAAACAAUUCCGAAAGGCGCUACGAAAAACCCUAGAAGGGCCAAAAGAUUUCCGAAAAGCGAAGAUUUCCGAAAGUGACCGAAAAAUACUUCGGAAAUCCAUAAAAUGGCCAAAAAACGCUUCUUCAAGUCAGAAAAUUGCUGGAAAAAAUUCCAAAGGCCGUUUUCAGAGAGUUAGGAAAAAGUUGAAAAACGCUGCUGAAAAUUAGAAAAUAAUCUAAAAGUAUAUCAAGAAACCAGAAAACUGUCCAAAACUACUUCUGAAUGCAAAAAAUGACUAAACCCCCUUUCGAAAGCUAGACAAUGGCUCAAAAGUUCAGGAAAUGCUCGAAAUGUGCUUCUAAAAACCAUGGAAUGGCUAAAAACCGAAGCAGUAAGUGAAGAAAAUGGUCGAAAAAUCUUUGCGAAGGCCAUAAAAAUUACGAAAACGCUGAUGUAGGCCAGAAAAUAGCCGAACAGCGCUUCUGCGCUGGUCAUGCAGCGGUUGAAAUGCGACAGAAAUGGUGGCUUUUGAAGGUCAAAAAAUUGCCAAAAAAAGGCAUUUUCAGUGGGCUAGAAGUGACAGUCGCCGAAAAAUGCUUCUGAAAACCAUGAAAACACUUCUGUAAGUCAGGAAAUGGCUGUAAAAAUGUCUAAAAGCCAUAUUUAGUGACCUAGGAAAAGGUCAAAAAACGCUACUGAAAAUUAGAAAAUAAUUGAAAAGUAUUCCUGAAAGCCGGAAAUUGUCCAAAAGUACUUCUGAAGACAAAAAAUGACUAAAAACCCUUUUGAAAGCUAGACAAUAACCGAACAAAACUUCAAAAGGCCAGAAAAAACUCAAAAAGGUCCCGAAAGCCAGAAGAUGGCCGAAUAGCGCUUUUAAAUGCUAGAAAAUUGCAAAAACCACACUUCCUUAGGCAAAAAAAAACUGCCGACUUCUAAAGCCCAUAAAAUAGCCAGAAACUUCUUCGUUUAGAAAAUUACUGAAAUACUGAAAAACAUGUACGAAACCCAGAAUAAAGUGCCUUCAAAGGGUUGGAAAACAGCCGAGAAAUGCUUCUACAGGCCCAAAAAAUGGUCGAAAACGCCUCAGAGAGAGAAUGGAAAAAGCGAAGUAGGCCUGAAAAUGAUCGAAAAAUGCCUGUAAAGAUCGCGAAAUUGUCAAAAGAAACUUUCCUGGAGGACAAAAAGUUACGAAAUGCGCUUUAGAAUGGCUAAAAGUCGCUUUCGAAUAUCAGAAAAUGAUGGAAAAACAUUAUCGAAUGCCAAAAAAGCGAGAAAAUAGCCGAGAAACGCUUUUUCUAAAGGUUGAAAAAUGGUGGUAAAAUGCUUCGAAGAGAGCGCGAGUAUGGACAAAGCUGCGCUGCAGGCCUAAAAAUGCAGGCCAAACAACGCUUCUGAAGGUCAAGAAGUGGUCGAAAAACGCUUCUGAAUGCCAGAAAAUAGCCGAAAAUUCCUGUAAAUUUCAGAAAAUUACGUUUCUAAAAAUUAUAGAAUAGCCUAAAACCGCUUCUGAGGGUUAGAAAAUCGCCAAAAAACGCUUAGGAAGGCCAAAAAAUUUCCGAAGAGCGCUUCUAUAAAUUACAAAAUACCAAAAGCCACUUCUGAAAGUCAGAGAAUAUCCUAAACGUUUUUCCUGAAGUUAGAAAUUUUCCAAAAAGUGCCUUCAAAGUGCUAGAAAAUAGCCGAGAAACGCUUCCAAGAACUGAAAAAUGCUUGUAAAUGCAAAAAAUGAUCGUGAAAUGCCAAAAAACUCCCAAAAGCCCUAUAAAAUUCCGAAGCACGCUUUUAAAAAUUAUAAAACGGCCAAAAAUCGCUUCUGAAAGUUAGAAAAUGGUCGAAACAUAUUGUUGAAGGCCAGAAAAUUGCCGAACAGCUCUGCUGUAGGUCAGAAAAUGGUCCAGAUAUGCCUAUGAGGGUCAGAAAGUUGUCAAAAAAAAAAAACGUUUCUAGAGGCCAAAAGAAUACGAAAAGCGCUUCUAGAAAUUAUAAAAUAGCCAAAACCGCUUUUGAAAGUUAGAAAAUAACCGAAAAGCUUUUCCUAAAGACAGAAAUCUUCCGAAAGCGCCUUCAAAAAGCAAGACAAUAAUCGAGAAACGCUUCUAAUGGUCGAAAUGCUUGUAAAUGCGGAGAAAAUUGCCGAAAAGCUUUGCUGUAUGUCAGAAAAUAGUCCAGAUGGCUAUGAAGGUCAGAAAGUUGCCAGAAAACCCUUCUAAAACCCAAAAAAAUCCUCUAUACGCCUCUAAAAAUUAUAAAAUUUAUAAUAUAAUAUUAUUGGUCAAAAACUGCUUCUGAAAGUUAGCACACGGUCGAAACAUAUUUCCAAAUGCCAGAGGAAAUUGCCGAAAAGCACUACUGUAGCCUGUAGGACAGAAAAAGACUAGAAAAUUUCUAAAAGGCGCUUCUAAAAAUUAUAUAAUAAUCAAAAGUCGCUUCUGAAAAAUAGAAAAAAAAAACGAAAAGCUGCUUAAAUCUUAAAAGUGUAAGAAAAAACUGGCACAAAUGGCUAGAUAUUAGCAAAUUGUUGAUCUAUUGACAAGUGUUUUUUUGUUUCGAAUUUGUAAUCCAGUAUAAGCAAUCUAAACAAUCUAAACAAUCUAAACAAUUCUGAUCAGGAUCGGGAAUGUAGAGUCGAGGCGAUCGUUUACCUAGAUUUUCCGUCAUUGAAAAGUUUAGCUUCUUCCAGAGACUUGGCUACUAUUUGGCUCAUCCCCCGGGUACUCUCACAUAGUGUUCUUUUAGGGACUACAGUCAACUAUUCAAUCAAACCCGUAGAACGCUGUUCCCAGGUCCCAGGUUUGUCACGAUGCUCAUACCCCGAAGGGUUAUGGAAUUUAACUGAGUGAGUUGAUUGAAGAAGAAAAAAAAUCAAGAAGGAAAAUAGAAUGUAAAUCAAAUGUAGUACGCGUAGGUAGGUAGUCCAGAGGGACGCGCUUCGAGAGUAAGUUGAGAGUGUGCACGAAUUGUACAUUUUGUCGUGUCUGGCGUACACGUGUGUGUGCGCGUGUUGUUGUACGCCGUGUGUGGAUGCAGCGGAACCUACCCGUAAAAAAAACAAGUUUUAAUUUUAUUUAACAAUUUAGGUAGUGUUAAGUUUUACCAAUCCUGCCGGACCCUGCUGUCUGGAUGGAAAGAAACGCUUUUUAACUUAUUUUUUGAUCCCCGCCCCUCAAAUCUAAUCGUUUCGGUUUUAUUUUUCUCUCUUUGAUUUGUGUUAUUGCCUGCUAAAUUUGCUCGGCAAUAACAAAAUCCUUACUGUGAAUAAACAUCUGCCCAGAGCUCUAAUUAUUUAGCACUACUUAAGUUAGUCGAAUUUACUAUUAGCACCUUCUCCAGCGUCGUCUGUUUUGUUUUUUUUUGUAAAUAUAACUCUUGUCGUGUAGUGAAGAAGUUCUACUUUUACUAGCUGUUAGUAAGUUCCAGUCGUUAGUUUUAUCCUCUUUUCACUUUUACGAAUGUUCUUUAACUUUAACAGCCCCUUUUUUAACUGUGUGUCAGAAGAAAUCAGAAGACCGGGCGUCUUAAUUUAAUUCUAAUGCAGAAGAAACCAGAAAAAAUCAUCGUGAAAAUGUGAAAAUGCUACCCAGCUGAGUACAAAUGUGAAUGCGAAUUGCGCCAACUGUGCGCAGCAGUUCGGAAAGGAUUUGAGUGAAUAGAUUAUUGUACAUUA